AUGAAUAAUAUACAAAAUCCACCUUCUGGAAUAGGAGUUGACUUAAUGCAAGAAGAGAGGUUAGUUUUUUAUUCAAAACAAGUAAGAUUAUGUUUAUUUAUUAUUUACAUCAGCAUUUGCAAUUCUAAUAAAUAAAAUAUACAAUGCUUCAAUUACUAAAAAUAUAUUAAAAAUUUNAAAACAAAAGUUAUUUCAAGUAUCAGAUCUGUGUGUUAUAUAUACUAUACAAUUUUCCCAUCAAGAAUACCUUAAAUGGUGCUAAAUAAAUUAAUAAAUAAUGUUUAUAAAUUUUGAUUUAUAAAAUUAAUAUUAACAAUUAUCAUUUAUUUAUUGUUGAUUGUAAUGACAUAAAGUGUAUUUUAAUUCUGUUUUUAGAUUCGUAAAUGUGAGUUUUAAAGCCAUUAGAGAUAUCUUGCAGUAUUUUAUGCCAGUCAUUAUGAAUAAUAUACAAAAUCCACCUUCUGGAAUAGGAGUUGACUUAAUGCAAGAAGAGAG